GCUGUGAACUUCAUUCUUGCGCUUUAGAUACCUACCCUUUGGGCGAAUACGUCGUUCCUCGGUGGUCUCUGGGUCCUAUUAUACGAUUGGACCUCAACAGCUUCCCAAGGCGUGCUAUGGACCCACGGAAAUUCGAAAGUUCACUCCCGAAACAGCCAGCAGCUGCUGAAUUGGAAAAUCUAUUGACGGAAAACGCUGGCACCAGUCCGCAAGAAGUGUGGAUUUUUACGAAGUCACAGGGGAAUAUCACCAAUUUGGUGGCUCAUCGCUUGUUUCUCACUCCCAUUCUGCCGUAUAUCUUGCUGCCAGGGAGGGUCGAGGGUGUUCCCGCAGGAUUCCAUCAGAAGGCACUAGUUCUUUGUGAACGUAUGAGUGACGUGGAUGUGAAUCUGUUGGUUCAGGAACCUGUGUCGGAUCGUAGCCCUGCGGAUCUCGAGGACUGUCCAGCCAAAGAAAACUGCGUUAGUGUUCAUUCCCGCUGGAUCUUGCUUUCUCAUUAAUGUUUCCCGUCGGGUGUCUAAGCCAUGUGCUAAGCAGGAUUAUCUAUGAGCCAAACUCUUUGCGACUUGAACGGAAGUUUGUCAGAGGGAGCUACAAGCCUUAGUCAGUGACUGGCUAUCACCGGUUAAGGUUUUCUCAAUGCCGCCGGCCACAUAGUGUCUGUGAUAGUGAUAAGUUCAUUCUAGUUCUGAUUAUCUAUUCCCUGCCAGAUCCUCGUUGCAACCGCGUUGGCGUUAUUGCUGUAAAGUUUCAUGAUCAACAUUUAUGCUAACGGCGAUGUUGAA